CAAGUUAUCCACUUUAUCAGUAGGAGCACAUGCACCACCUUGUGCACUCUCCGGCAUAUUAGUAAACCUGGUCCUAGUAGCCAAUACUUUUGGUGCUUAAUACUAAAUGGGAUAUUUUCAAAUCACAAGAGAACAUCAUUUGUUAAGUGAAAUCCAGAAGAAAUACUGUGAACACUUGACCCGAUUCCUCCGUGUUUUAAAGAAAGACUAGACAUUAAGCAUCUUUCUCUGAAAAUCUCCAGUAAUUUCUCGGCAAGUGAUUACAGAUGCACUGAAGUACACAAUCCAUACAUGUUAUAACUCUGCUGGCAUGCAAAAUUCAGCUGGAAAUCUUAACUAAACACUGGUGGAGCAGGAGCCUAGAAAUCAUAAGUAAACAUUGGAAGAUAAGAAUCAUUUCAAAAUCAAACAAAUGUAUUCUGCAUACAUUUUACUGCUUCUGGUAGGGGGUACAAUUGGCCACCCAAAGAGGGUUUUUGUUAAGCUAGCAAAUGGCAGAACAAGUCGUCCCAUAUUGGUACAACCCUUUAAGCACGACCAUGAACAUCAUGGUACAACCAUCUCUAUAGACAAAAGCAUGCUGCCCAUCCCUGAAGCUUUAAUUCAAGGACAUUUAAAUAAAACAGAGAAUAAACAUACAAAUGGAAAUGAUAUUAUAGAAGAAGGAAGUUCCUUACCAAACAUUGUUAAUAACUUGCCAGAAUAUCUGCCUCGAGUAAAUUCAGGCAUAGCAACAGAGAACAGCGAUGUUUAUAGCAAAGACCAAAGAGUAGGCCGUGGUGUAGAGGCUAACCUUGAGUUGACAGAAAUCAUCACUUCCUUCCCAACCACCACCAAAACCACAACUACAGAAACCACACAAACAACAAAAAUUCCCUCCGUGCCACCAACCACGACAAAACCCACCCAGGCAUUACCCGAUUCAAUCUCGACAGCUUCUACAGCACUUCCUUGUCACGAAUCAUGUCUUGCAGCACUAAGCGCAACAAAAUUAUAUUCCAACGGCAACUUAGUACUCAGCCAAGGAUCAGACUUGACACUGACGUGCGAGCUUCCGCUUAAUACAACAAUCUACACAGAUAAUCUCAUCUGGCUCUUCCACCCAUACAACAGCCCUCAAGGCCAAUGUUCUCUCACUACGCAAGAGUACAUUCCCUCUUGUCAUGGGUUCCAGUCUAUCACGAACACCGACGAUCGCAACGAUACCUUCCUCAGAGAAACCAUCACACUGAGUAACCUCCAGACCAACCAUACGGGACAAUAUAUGUGUCAGGUGGAAUUAACUUGCUGUCUGAGCAGUAAUGAACACAUUAUGAACCAAGAACGUAUCCUGCACAUCACAGUCUGGAUGUCCAACUAUGCACUUGACCUGGCAAUAGCAGGAUCCGUCACCAUAGGCCUCCUGCUCCUUGUGCUCGCAGUCAACUGCUUUUUAUUUCAACGCCACCAUGACGAUUACAUUACAGUCGAAGAUCAGAUUAAGGAGAUCAGGCCAUCGACGGUACUCCACAUGCCAUUAAUUGAUGACCAGGAUACUGACAGUUUUGAUAGCAACUUUGAUGAACAAGACUAAUAUUACAAUUGAAGCAUUAUCAACUACGUAAACAAGAUUCAUAAUCAUGUUGCAGAGUUCUGUGCUUUUCGUAUUUUUUCCGUAUACCAAGGAUUAAAUAAUUUAAUGUCACAUGUUCUACAGGUCGAAUUACAAAUCGGAUUACAAAUUGCAUAUCGGAUUUUCAAAACCUGCCCCCCCCCCACACACACACAGGAUUGGAUUAGCCAAAUAUAUCCAUGUACAAUUGAUUUGUAAAAGCUUGAUAUUCAAAAUAAAAUGCAUUUACCAACUAAAAAAUGUGCUCAUACAUACCAGAAUUCCAAAUAAAGAUUUUGCAAUGAUGAAUUGCCACUCUGCACAUGAUAGCUAAUUUCAAGAGUUCACAAGAAUUUUGCAUAUAUAAAACACUCAUGAAAUUUAUCAAAUUCUUAGUACUGCUCGGUAAUCCUAAAUACAGUAUAUAGACCCACUCCUAUAUUUCAAGUUACCCAGACUUAAGAGCUGCCCAAAUUUUUUACCAAGACAGUUAAAAAAUAAAUUCAAAUUUAAUUGGGUUUUUGUUCCAGAAAUCUCAGUAACCUGAAUUUCUAUUUAGUUGAAAAGUCAAAUACAGUACCCAAAUUUACCAGAAUCUGAAUUAUGGAGCUCUUACAGUAUUAUAGCAUGUUAUUCAAUCAUCACAACAAUUAUAAUACAAAUUUAUAGUUUGCAGAAUAACAUAAUAUAUUCUAAAAAAAAAAAAACGUGUAUAGAUAUUUUAAUUUAUUAUAACAUCACGAAAGUGGGUUGGCAUGGUACCCACCCCACUCACCUGCCCAGGCUGGGUUUUUUAAUUUAAAAGACCUGAAUGGGUUUAAAAUAUAUUUUCCCUUCAAUAUGGGCCAACUCACUUAUUUCCAUUUACAUUUAAACUUGCUUUUUUUAUGUGUUGAUUAAAUAGAUAAAAACCUAACCCACCCCAACCUGGGUAUGUCGAGUUUUAAGAAAAAAAAAAAAAGGGGGUGAACCAGAAAUAUAUGCGUUCAAUGCACAUAUUUCCAAGUCUCCACUGUUCUGGUCUUGGUGAACAGCUAGGAUUGUUGAUCGACAAUAUAAACAAGUCUACAUAAAGACAGCAAUACUUUUAACUUCCAAAUGCAAUACACAUUGUUUAAAACUGUAAAACUUAUUUAUUUUUGUAUUUAUCACAUUAAAUUACUGAAAUGCAA